AUGAAAAAGGAGGUCAAUGAAGAGAUCAAACGUCUUGCUGGAAGUCCACCUCUUGUCACUAUUCUAAAACUUAUGGUUGGACCACUAUGUUCGCAAGUUACAAGUACGCUUUAUGGAAUCAUAAACACGAUUUGGGUUUCAAAGUAUAUUGGUGAAACAGGUAUGGCUGCCGUUGCAACAGACAUUGCCUGGGAAGGUAUUGCAAGAGCAUUCGGAUUAUUCCUUCUAACAUCAGCUAGUACUCAGAUUUCUGCACUUUUCGGUAAAAAACAAUUUGAUGAAUGCGAACAAGUCGUAUGUGAUUUACUCCGAACAGCAGUUAUUUUUGGCUGUAUUGUUCCAGCAAUUCUUUUACCCAUUAAUAAACCUCUAAGUUGUUGGUUUGGAGCCAAUGAACAAACUGUUCAAGGCGCUUAUGACUAUAUGCUUCCACAAUGUGCAGGCAAUGUAUUUACAUGCAUAUUUCUUGCGAACUGUGGCUUCCUUCAAGCAGAAGGUCGUACUUUACUUGUUGGAUGCAUCGAUAUCAUUGCAUUAGGAAUUGGAAUGGGAGCCCUCAAUCCAUUAUUCUUGGGAGUAUUCAAAUGGGGUGUCGUGGGUCCAUCAAUCAGUACAAUUAUUGCAGAUGGCGUCCCUGGAGUUACAUUAACAAUUUUGUACUUUGCAGGAAGAUUCGGUGUUAAGCCCAAACUUAGCGGUUUCUUGAAACCAUUCUCAAAACAUACAAUUAAUUCACUUUUAGUCGGAAGUUCCCAAUUUAUGUCACAAGUUUCUAUGUGUAUACCAGGUAUUAUUGUCAGAAAGUUAAUAGGUAUGUCUGUUACAUCAUCUACAGAAUACGAUUUAGCCAUGUCUGGCUUCAAUGUCCUUUGUAGAUACGGAAAUAUUACAAAUUGUGUAGUUCUUGCUUUUUGCAGUGGUUACUUACCACCAGCAUCAUAUGCAUAUGCAGCUGAGAAAUGGAAACGUUAUCUCAAGCUCUCAUUACAUCUAGUUUGGGUUUCUGCUUUUUGGUGUAUUGUAACAACAAUAUUCCCUAUUUUCUUACCUGUACAGAUCUCAUUGCUUUUCGGCAACGGUGAUGAUUACUUGAGAUAUUCAUCAUCAAUGCUCAAAGCAAGUAACGAAUGUGGCUGGAUUCUGUUUACUAGAUUUACUUUCCAAACAAUGCUGCAAGCACAGCAACGUGGUACUCGUGCUAUGAUUAUAUCAUUCACUUCAAACCUCGUUGCUGUUAUCGCUUUUUCAUUUAUUUUAUAUUAUACGAACAAAAAUGAUGUUGCACGUUUUAUGUACGUAUAUCCUAUUUCAUAUAGUAUCGGAUGUGUCCUUGGUAUCACUCUCCUCUUCAAACCAUUCUUGGAUGUCAUUAAAUUGGCAAGAUCUGAUAGCAAAGAGAAGAAGCUUGAGGAUAUCGAUGAAAAGAAUAGCGAAGACAAGUAUUCUAGUACUAGCAGCGAUAAUGGAAAUGAUGAAUGUAGAAUGAUCUCUGAACUUUAA